AUGUCCCGCCCCUGUGGCGUGCAGUUGGCAAUUCCGGCAAGGUUAGCCGCUAUAGUAUUGGGUGCUGCAGUGUUUACGUUUCUAUUGAAAGGGACAUUAUGGGGCCGGCCAACCAAACUGGCCGCCGGAAGAAACUGUGAAAGAAACAACACUCCAUUGGGGUCGCCAAAGCGCCGCCGCAACAAGGAGGGUUCCCUCGGCUGCGUUGAAAUGUUUCGUCGCUUUUUAAAGAAAUUAGGGCGUACCAGCGCUGCUGAGAAGGUGGUUGCUAUACGUACGGCUAAAUCUCCCGAUGCAGAGAUAUACCGUUUGUUACUUCUCGAGCACCAGAAGCAAUUGGGUAUAACUUUUUCUGUAGCUAUAGAAGAAGUACCAGAACUUAGUGGAGAACUUCAAAUUGUUGUAGGCCCACUUGAAGACUACAGGCGACAAACAAGCAACUGUUCCCCCUUCUCUACCACUGCUGUGACCGAAAGGGAAAGGCGCGUUGGUGGAUCUGAGCAGUUAGCUAAGGUGGAACAGUUGCUUGUUUGUCGCAUCAAGCUUCCCGAGAGGCGCUUUUGCUGUAACAUUCCUCCAUUCGUUAUGAGGGUUCUCGCUGCACAAGCAAACAACAGUUUGGUGUUCAGCACACAUGCCGCCGAAGUCUUGUAUUGUAUGCCCCGGAUUGAGGAAGAAACCCGUGAAUAUCAGAAUAAGCAUUUGCUGAACACCCAGGGGGAGCAGAAACAGAAAAAAUACAAACGAAGUGGAUUGACUUCGUCGAGUCCAUCGUUAACAUUGGGUAAGGGUGCCGUGGUUUUAGGGGGUUCAUCGCGACCUACCUCGAAUUCGACUUUCGGUAGCCUGCAAGACACAUUACAGUCUACUCCAUCUUGUGGAAGCAUCACCAUUCAGUCGCAGCUGCGGGUGCAAGGACACGAAACCGCCGUAAUGCAAAACCUUGGUGAAAAUAUUGAUGUCAAUGCCGUACUCUUCUCCACAUCUCUAUUGGUGUGCGGCGACAGCACCUCUAGCGGAAAAGUUGGCCCGGCAUUUUGCUGUAGCGUGCCAAAUCGUGUACAGGAGAAAGACGAACCAACGCACACUGCUGUUCGUGAGGCACUUCUCAACACCUUGUUCCUCGUGUCCCCCAAGGGGUUGAACCGGGGCCCACUGGAGAAAUUGAGGCAAAAUCCGUUAGCCGUUUGGCGUGCAUCCCGCCAGUCAGUGCUGACGACGGCAAUGCUUUACGUAAUUGACGUUGCUUCCGCCAACGGUGAUCCAAUGGUUUGUUAUUCAAGGGUCGUGGAUGAGGUGGUAGCGCAAGCCGUCCUCUUGCACCACGAUGGGAUGGUGUUGGACUUCAUAGGUGCUUUAUCUGAACGUUUUGGAAAACAGUACACACCGCACUGUACGGUUUUUCAACAGGCAGUUGAAAGCCGGCGUGAAGAUCAUAGUCGCAGUGGAAACGUUUCCUUCCAGGUCGAUUCACCAAAUCCGUGUGAAAACCUUCAAAACAUACUAGAGGAACUUCCUUACAUAUGUGAGUUCAUCCUUGAACAUCGAAAUGAUUUUUCCAAUGCAGUGCUCACGCCGGGUGGUUCGAAUCUGCUCGAAGAGGUCUUUGGUGUUCCAGCCACUGUUUUCCCUUUCCUUCCGUGCGCUCGUGAGAGCAUCGCGUUUAUUACACAAUCAUUUAACUGUAUCGUAGAAACCUAUGGGUCGUUGAGUUCAGAGGGGUUUUGCGAAUUCAGGAGCGAUGUGCUUAACGAAAGUAAGGCGGAUGUGAUGGCUAGCAGUCAGCGGUGCUUUCGUGAGUUAAACAACUCACGCAGUGGGAUAAUCUCCUUUGAAGAGUUGUGUCACUGGAUGGCGCGCAAACUGUCGAGCGACAACACACUCUCCAAUCCCGAUGCUCGCUUACUUUCCAUUGCCAUGUCCCUCGGGUUACCGAUGGCUUUAUUGUUGGGGACACGUCAAGAGUGGGCUCGCCUGGGUCGGGCACCAAUAUUUAAUGGGGAAGGGGAUCAAGGAUGCAGACUAGCGCAUGCAACGUAG